CUGAAAAACACUUAUUAACAAUUUCAUCUUGAUUCCAUAUUGGAUUAGAUCUAAAAUAAGUAAAAAAUUAAAUUUAUUUUUUAUCUUAUAUUUUAAUGCAUGAUGAAAAUUUUUUGAAACAUAAAUACAAAUCUUAUGAAUGAUAUUAAUUGGCACUAACAAAUUCAUUUGAAAGAAUACAUCAUCUGAUUUUAUAAAGAUUUUGAUACUUUCCCAAUUAAAAAAAAUCAUUUACCUUCACUUAUGUUUGAUAACAAUAUUGUUAAGAUUUUGAAUUGCAUAUAGUGAUAUUUGUCCCCCUAAUUUAGUUUUGUUCAUUUAAGAUUCUUAUGAAUUUUAAUGUUGUUGAUGUGAACCAUGGAUUUGUACGGUCCUCUUAAAAUCUAAAUUUUCUCUUAAUUGUAAAUAUCUUCGGAAAAAAACCCGAAGAAUUUGAACUAGAUCGGAUUUCACCAAUUGUAUAACAACUAGCUGAGAAAGUUUACACUUAGGUGUGAAGAAUGCACCAUCAUCGUCAACAAAAGUCAAUCAAGUGUCAGUUUUCCCACGAGAAUGAUAUAAAAGCUCGAAUCUCCGGAAGCUCAGGGCGAUUCGUCAUAGGAAGUUAUACUUUGUGAUAGUGCCAUCUCGACUCCCGAACCUCCAUACAGCAGACCUGAUCCAGCUAUAGAGAGAGGACAUCGGAUAGAAGACACCGAAGACACCACACCCUUCCAUAUAGAUGACGUUCGCCAACUCUCCCUUCCACUGAGAAGUAUUUAGGGGUUAGAAUUUGUAAAAGCGCUCUCUCUCGAACUAGAAAUUAGGUCAGCGACAUAGCUAUGAAAGUAGUCGCCAUAUUCUGUAAAUAUUUAAAUAUAACCGCAUUUAACCUUAGUAGUAAGUUCGCCUCAUGUAGUUUAGAUUAAUUAUUCAAUAAAUGUUUUGUUAUUUUGUUGAACCUGUCUCCUGUCAAUUAAGGACGUCUGAAGACUUACCAACGCACUCCCCACUCGAUUUGCCCUCUAGCCAUCCAACAGACUCCGAGAUUGGGUUUUAUCAACCUGUUGCAGAGUAAGUGGUCAUUUGGGAUGAGCCCAGUGGCCCACUGCUAAUCUCACAUUAUUCAAUUGCUCAAGAUUGUUGGUGACCCUUUGGCAAGCUUCAUCCACAGUUUCCUAUCUUGUACUGCUACCCUUCACAAAGCUUUUGACCACUUGUGGUGGCCGAGCAUUUUAAACAGAUUACGUAAGACAAACUGCCCAGCAAAUAUUUUCUAUCUUGCACAGGACUACUUGAAUAACAGAGUGAUUAAAUAUAAGGCCAAUAGCUUCACCAUCACCAGGCACACUAAUAAGGGUUGCCCCCAGGGCUCGCGAAGCGGCCCUGGACUCUGGAAUCUGGUUUGUGAUGAUCUGCUUAACCUAAUGGAAGGGAAUCAAAAUACCACCACUCAAGCUUUCGCAGAUGACCUCCUGUUGAUGGUGACACAUCAAAAUGUUGACAAACUAGAGGCAAUCACAAACAACCAAUUGGAAAAAAUUUUUGACUGGAGUCGUGAAAAUAAACUCCCAAUUAAUUAUGAGAAAACAAUCGCUAUGGUAUGCACCCGGAGGAACAAACGCAAUAGAUUAAAACGGCCUCCUAGAAUUUUUAUAAACAGGAAUAAGAUAAAGAUGGAACAGGAAAUAAACUACCUGGGUAUAGUGUUUGAUGACAAAUUAAAUUGGCAUACGCAUGUCCGUGUUGUAUGCAGACAUAUGGAACAAAAAGCGAAUGCUCUAAAUUGGAUAACUGCAAAAGCAUGGGGCCUCAACUAUACUAACACUAAAUCCAUCUAUGAAGCGGCUGUGGAACCUGCAAUGCUUUAUGCGGUGCAGGUAUGGAAGGAGGCACUUAAUAAUACUCAUAUGAGAAGGAAGUUAACGUCUGUCCAGAGAAAAUUUACCAUAAAAAUUUGCAAAGCAUACAACACCGCCCCUACUAAUGCUUUACUGGUUAUGGCUGACCUCCUACCGAUCCAUCUUAAGGCCAAAUAUCUAAUUUGGAGUUGGCAUCUAACUACAGCAGAGAAUCAGAUUGGUCAUCACAUCCCGGAAGAGGACAAUAUCUACACUGACAUAAAUAAGAAUAACACUAUCAUUGAUGUAAACAAAAAAGACUACGGCAUAGAUAGAAAGCUUAAGAAAAACGAAUACCUCAAGCACCCAGCGGAAGAAUUAAAUUACAACAUUCAAUGGGAUGAAAAAAACGAUGAAGAAAUUAAAGCGGCAUGGAAGAUAUACACAGACGGUUCAAGGAAUGCUAACGGAACUGGUGCAGGUUUAACAGUUAUAAACUCGAAGAAUAGAACAACAUAUCAGUGCUAUUACAAGUUAGCACCGCAUUGUACCAACUCCCAAGCAGAGUUACUUGCAAUUUUAAAGGCUAUUCAACACAUUGACAAUAACAUUGACAAAUUUAAAGGAAGCAUUUAUAUAUUGACCGACAGCAAAACUUCUCUAUAUAGUCUUAACAACAUGAACCGACCAACUACCUUAACAAAAAAACUACUUGAGGCCGCUAAGAUUUUAGGCUCCAAAAGGCAGAUAACCUUUGCCUGGAUACGAGGCCAUAGCGGGAAUGAUGGCAAUGAUACCGCAGACAAGCUGGCCAAAUUAGGUGCCAAUGCUAACAUCAAGCCUUCUUUCACUGGCACUCCGGAGGUUACUCUAAAAAAGUAUCUGCUCUCGAUCAUUAACACAAUAUGGCAGAGUGAAUGGAAGACUGCAGAUACAGGAAGAAACUGCUUCCAAUUUAUUCCAUCGGUCACAAUUCGUAAGCAAGCUAAACAUUACAGGCCAAACAAACUCACCACCCAGGUAAUUCUAGGCCAUGGGAACUUCCCAGCCUACUUGCAUAGAUUCAACCUAAGGGAAGAUAAUAAGUGUGACUGUAACAACAUUGACAUUGGCGACGCCGUACACUUUGCCUUCAAUUGUACUAAAUACGAUAAUCAACGUUCUGAACUUUUACAUAACUAUCUUCUAAAGAACCCAAGUUGGCCACCAACUGCAGAGAACAUCUUUAAGGAUAAAAAGCUUUGGAAAACUUUUGAAGACUAUAUUCACAAGACCGAUGCACUAAAAGAAAAAUUUAAUAGAAAGGACGACGAACAGAACUUAGAAGAAGAAAACAACACGGAUGACUAUACAUCAGAUGAUGAAUCUUUCUAAUUGGGGAACGCCACGGCCCCCCUUUACCACGUUGCUCCACUCUCGGUUCCAUUGUUGUAAACAACUCUAUGUUUUGAUGUUACCAGGAGCAACCAUCUUGGACUCUAUUUUUAUGUCAAAGCGACCGGAAGUCUGCAAUGUAUAUAUUGUAAAUAGUUUUUUACAUUUUGAUUUUUCUGUACUUACCUUUUAUACUCAUUUGUACUCAAUUUUAUUUUUUUAUUUUUUGCUUGUCCUUUUAUCCCAAUUAUUGCCGAUGCAGGCGCUCUCUGGUCCCACGCCUUCCCUUCAAGCUAUCCUUUCAUACUUUAUUUCAUACUUCACACCCCAUGCUUUCCCUUCUUUCCAUUUUCAACAGGGCAUAAGUCUGUGACAAACAGACAGCCCUCUUAACUCUUUAUUAGAAUGUAGAAUGUACUGCUACCCUCAACUGGCUGACAGUCAUUCCAGUGUUCAUUUUGAUGAUAUCAAGCCAGCACAUUCUCGUGACCAAGCCUUCUCUUACCAUUGGAUUUUUCAAGUGACUGUGACUGCAUUACAAGGCCAAAAUAAGUGAGCCUGAGCAAAGUUAUUCUUCUUUCUAAGGAUAUGUUAGGGUGAUUAACAGGGAAGUUCUAGACCACGGGUUCCCAACCUAUGGGUCGCGACCCAGAAGGGGGUCGCGACUGGCUUUCUGUGGGUCGCCAACUUAUACAGUUAACUAAAAAAAAAUGUUCACUAUAAUGCAAUUUUUAUUUUUAAUGGUGUCUUGAAGUUUG